AUGACGCGCUCUAUGGUCGAAAUAGAAUCGUCGAUAUUUGGCGCUGCGAUCGGCUUCGACGAAUACGCUUACAAAGAUUAUCGAAUGGUUGGGUUCUACUCAUACACGGCGCAAAACAAGACGAACUCGCACGAUUUGGCAGUAAAUUAUAAUUAUCUUGACCAGCUAGACUCGGAGUGGUUUCAUGUACCGAGAGAAAAAGUAUAUGAUGAGAGGCUACGGGUCGUAAAUCAAAAAAGGAGAUAUAACAAAACUGGGAAUGCUCAUAUUGGCCUCGAAGAAUUCUUUGAGCCGUACGUAAACCUAGAUGAUGGUCACUGGACGAAGCCUUACUUUGAUUGUGGCGGAGGCGAUAUCUGGAUGGUCACCUAUUCAUCGCCAAUGUUUGCACCGGAUCCGAAUAACAGCUCGCUAACUACGUUCAGUGGCGUAGCAACGGUUGACAUAGAUCUAUCGAAUAUUGACAUCAACCAGUGCGAUCCAGAAAGCAAUGAAAGUUGGGGGACAACGGACGACAUCAUCAAGGCGGCGAGCCCGUUGUUCUGCUACCUGAUUGCAAUUGGGGCGCUGCUGAUGUGCGGUGACGUCAUAUUGCUGUUCUUCAAGCCGUCGGAUGCACUCUGCAUGACGGCACCGUGGUUUCAUCAUUUCGGAUUUUUUCUCAUGUACGGCUCACUAUUACUUCGGACGUGGAGGGUAUCACAAAUCUUCAAAGUGAAAUCAGCUAAGCAACUGAAGCUUGGCGAUAAAGAUCUCGGAAAGCGGCUGAUACCGAUCUGCACUGUUGCCGUCGGUUAUCUAUUGGCAUGGACGCUGGGCAGUCCCUCCUACGCCAUCACUAUCAAGAACCAGGACGAUCUCAAGAUAUACUACUGUUCACACGAUUGGUGGCAGUACGCGGCUACAUUAGGGCAAUGUACAUUUCUGCUAUGGGGCGUGUACUUGUGCUACAGCGUCAGAAAAGCGCCAUCUAGUUUCAACGAGAGCAAGUUCAUAUCAUGGGCCAUUUACAACACAAUAUUCAUGAACAACUUCAUUGUUAUCAUCAGGGUCGUAAUACUCGGCUCUGUAGGUCCCGAUUUGCUAUAUAUGCUACACGUCAUUCAGCUACAAGUUCCGGCCACGAUUACGCUCCUACUAAUAUUUGCUCCAAAGGUCUACAUGAUCCACUCCGCGGAAGAGCCUUCAAACGCUCCUGGCGCCUCUGUGACUGGAUACAGAACGAACAGGGUGGCACCUGCCCCUCCUGCUGUUGCCUCUGUCAGCGGGGGCUUAGCUCUUCCGCCUCCACCAAGCUAG